AGGUCUCGUUCUUGUUGUAGUACUAUCUAAGAAGCAGCGUAGACAACUUGUUGAGCCGUCGGCUUCUGUUGUGUAUCAGUAACUGAUUUGUUUCACGAUCCUAUGAAUGUUUUUACUCGUGACAACGAUGACGGAAGCUUGUAGUGCUUCCCCCUUCCGGGGUGGUUAAGGAUAAGGCCUGACGUUGAAACGUUGAUUGUUUGUGGAGGCGCUCAUGACAUCGUAAUCAUUGUUCGGAAGAGAGCAGCCGACGUUUGUUGUAGAGCAGCCGACGUAUUUGGACGACACCGUGCUGCCUGUGGUACCUCUCUACUCAGUUUGGAUCGACGAUAGAAAACGAAGUUAUCGCAGACGAACGCAUACGCAAAGAAACGGCGCAUUACUCUUACUACCAAAAAGAGGAGAGCAACUUGGCUACAAGAACUACAACAAGCUCCUAAACACUUCAGGGACGAGUUUCAAGCUCGAACGAGAAGUCCUGCAUAAUCUAUUCAUUUCCGUAUAUCUGCGCAUUGAGAAUCGAAAAUGACGCAGCAGGGUGGUUACGUGACGGAGCUCCCAACCGAUGCCGAGCUGAAGGAGAAGGAUGGCAAGAAAGCCGGCUAUUCGGGUGGCUUGCAAGGACAGGUAACAAACUAUCCUAUUAAUUAACUUCAAGUCCGAUUACGUAUUAUGAUCAUUAUGAAGUUGUUGAUUCGUCAUAAAGAAAAAGUAGAUGAAGGAUAAAUGAAAGAUGCUUGCCGAUCUUAUGUAUGAUGCACUUACGUUCUCAAUCUCAUUGAGUGUCGUCUUCAACAUUAUUCGCUGAUGAAGAUUAUGCUUUUACCCGCUAGGUCCAAAAGGAGAUGCAGAAAGAGCUUAUGGGGGAAGCUCCCGAUGUGGUGAUGGACGGCGCCGGCGCCAUUCGUGAUCGGGAAUCUGCAUACCAGCAGAAGCGGUUGGAAAGAGCAUUGUCACCGCCUCGCGCAGACCCUUUUGCGCUUUCCACCCCUGCGGAGGGUCUUACGUCGUACAAGGACGUGAUGGAGAACGCAGCCGCGGAUCGGGAAAAUGCCGAACUGAAGCGCAAAAUUGCGCAACAGAGGGAGCAACUUGGGGAUGCAGCAUUUAAGGCAAAAGUUGCUGGAAAUGUUGCAGCACUGGGUACAUCAGGCCAGGCGGGCGGCUCGACGUCGACCACCGGCAGAAAAAGAAAUCGAUGGGAUACGCCAGCAGAUGGUACAAGAAGAACAUGUCCUAUGUUUGAUACUAACUUUUGUUUGACCUGAUCCUGAAAUAAAAAAAGACGAUCUUCAUGAUCAACAUGAUGAAGAAAAAUAGAACUAGUAGCUGUACGUUCUUCUCCAGAACAAGUUAUUCCAACUUUCGCACCACAGCUGCUAUGGAGACCCCCGAUAUGGGUGACACUCCUGUUAUGGGUGCGGCUUCCGGUGGUUCCGGUGGCAUCGAUAUGAACGCGACGCCGGAGGCUUGUCAGUGGGGCGAGACACCAGGGGGACUGGAGGUUGCAAAGCCCAAAAGAAAACGCGCUAGAUGGGACGAGACACCUUCGGAGGGCGUGCAGGUCGCCGACCCCAAUGCCACCCCGAACAUGGCUGGAAAGACGCCAGAUCUAGGCGACACCCCGGACGCGCGAUUCAUGGGCGCAGAAGAGACCCCGGUCGGACUCACUCCGAAUUUCGGCGAAAUGACGCCGGACCAGCUCCAGCAGUGGAGGUUCGCAAGAGAGAUCGACGAAAGAAACAAACCGAUGACAGACCAAGAACUCGAUGAAAUCUUCCCGCCAGGGUACACUACGACUUCUUUAACUUUAAAAGCUCAAUGAUGAUUUAGAUUUAUGACUACGUACGCGUUGUACCUCUACAACCUCAACAACCUCAAACUUAUCUACAUAUAACUUCAAAUCUUGAGUUUCGACAUGACAAGCUUAGACCUUUUAUUCGUAAGAAGUAUGGACUGUCUCAGCGUCAUCGUCUCUGUCUGCUAUAUACGUCUACGCACAGGUACGAAGUGGUAACCCCACCAGCCAACUACGCUCCCGUGAGGAAGAACGUUUUCUCUGCACCAACACCUGAUGUGGGUAUGACUCCUGGUUUUCAGAUGCAUUCGACGCCAUCCACAGGCACGGGCGACGGAACCGACGACGGUGGUCUCGCAGAGCUCCACGGCGUCACUGCAGCCGUACUUAUAUUAUAAAGAAUAUAGAUACUUCAACAUAGAGGUGUCGACGUGAAGAAGAUUUUCUUUCUCGUUAAUACUAGAUCAAUUAUCAAAUUAUCAACACGAGAACCUUCAUUGCGUAAAGGAUGCUCAUGCUCCAAUGUCAAAGUGAAAAUUGUAGUUUCAUAACGCAUAAUUGAUGCUCCCUCUCUUCAACAGAGCGGCGAUCUACCGGAAAUCAAAGCAGAGGAUCGCGCCCACUUUGCGGCGAUUUUGGGUGACGUGGAUGAGGACGAGUUGUCGCCAGAUGAGCACCGGGAGCGACGCAUCAUGAAACUGCUCUUGCAGAUCAAAAACGGUGAGCCCUCUAUGCGUCGUAAGGCGCUGAAGGAGUUGACAAACAAAGCGCGCGACUUCGGAGCUGGUCCUUUGUUCAACCAGAUUCUGCCGCUGAUGAUGAGCUCCACCUUGGAAGAGCAGGAGCGACACUUGCUGGUGAAGGUGAUUGACCGCGUUUUGCAUAAAUUGGACGAUCUAGUGCGUCCCUACGUGCACAAGAUCCUGGUGGUCGUGGAGCCACUCUUGAUCGAUGAGGACUAUUUUGCGCGAGUCGAAGGUCGCGAGGUCAUUGCCAACUUGAGUAAAGCCGCGGGCCUGCCGACGAUGAUCGCGACUAUGCGACCUGAUAUCGAUCACGUCGACGAGUACGUACGCAAUACGACAGCACGCGCGUUUGCGGUGGUCGCCAGUGCGCUUGGUACAACUAUUCCGAAUGGUGGAUUGAUGGACUCUAAUUAAGUAUGACUAAAAAAUCGACCAUGAACAUGAUUCAUAUCUGAAGCACCUCUCGUCGUGUAAUGAAGAGCACUCUCAACGUUAGCGGCAUCGUCCUUUUCCAUCAAAAUCAAAAAUGCUCUUUUCCCUAUGCUGUUCCCUCCAUUAGGUAUUCCGGCUUUGUUGAUGUUCUUGAAGGCCGUGUGCAACUCGAAGAAAUCGUGGCAGGGACGACAUACCGGUGUAAAGAUCAUCCAGCAGAUCGCUAUUUUGCUGGGUAUUGCUAUUUUGCCGCACCUCAAACAGAUGGUCGAAAUCAUCGCACCAGGGCUCAGCGACGAACAGCGGAAGGUACUGUAAAAUACAAGGGACGAGACUCAUAUGUAACAACACGCUUGACUAUUUCAAAGGAAAGAUUCUAUGCUUUUAUCGUACAAAAAAGUUGUGAAGUCACAACUAUAACAAACUAUCACUUCUUUCAAGGUCCGAACAAUGACUGCUCUCGCGCUCGCCGCACUUGCCGAGGCUGCUACCCCUUACGGAAUUGAGGCCUUUGAUAGCGUUUUACGUCCGCUGUGGAAGGGUAUUCUCGAGGCACGCGACAAGGAUUUGGCAGCUUUUCUCAAGGCAAUCGGUUACAUUGUGCCCUUGAUGGAUGCUGAGCACGCAAAUCACUACACACGCGAAGUGAUGAUCAUUCUGAUUCGUGAAUUCUCCACGACGGAUGACGAGAUGAAGAAAAUUGUACUACUUUUUCUAUAUUCAUUAUAUAUAAUGAAGAUAGAUAUUAUAUAUUUCUAGUCCGAAAGUCGAUUUUUUCUCUAUUCCCUGUUCUUGAACCAGGAUUGUUGCAAACCAGGAUUGUAUGCAACAUGAUCAGUAAAAAGCUAAUUAGGUUAAAAGUUAGCUCAUCACUUUCUAUUCCUUUUGGCCACCAUCAGGUGUUGAAAGUGGUGCAUCAGUGCGUUUCCACUGAGGGUGUGGAAGCCACGUACAUCCGCGAAGAGGUUUUGCAGCCAUUUUUCCGUAACUUUUGGGUUCCGCGUAUGGCGCUCGACCGUCGCAACUACCGCCAGUUGGUUGACACGACCGUCGAAAUUGCGACCAAAGUUGGUGGCGCGGAGGUCGUCAGCAAAAUUAUCGAGGAUUUGAAGGAUGGAAACGAAACGUACCGUAAAAUGGUCAUGGAAACAAUCGAUAUCGUAGUCCAAAACCUGGGAGUCGCAGACUUUGACUCGCGCUUGGAGGAACUGCUCGUGGACGGCAUUAUCUACGCUUUCCAGGAACAAACGAGUGAAGACACCACAGUCAUGCUGAACGGAUGCGGCUCUGUCAUUAACGCACUGGGAACGCGCGUCAAGCCUUAUUUGCCGCAAAUUGCAGGUAACAAGUUUUGGCUUCCUCGACUUCUGAUUAGAUGGAAACAACAUAUAACAAAGUCUUGCUUUAAUAGAAAUUGAACAGAUCAUCAACAUCGUCACUAGUGUAGACGAAGAUUAAUACACUGUAGUUCCAAAAAUUUGCUUAUCCUUUGUGAUUUUGAAAUCGUGUUAACCUCGAUAUCAAUACGUUGAAAACAAGGUAUUGUCCGCUGGCGCCUGAACACUCCGAACCCGAAGGUGCGUCAGCAAGCCGCUGAUUUAAUCGCUCGCAUUGCGGGAGUGAUGAAGCAGUGCGGCGAAGAGCAGAUGUUGGGCCACUUCGGCAUUUUUCUGUACCAGUAUUUGGGUGAGGAGUACCCGGAAGUGUUGGGCAGUAUUUUGGCGGCUUUGAAGGCGAUUGUGAAUGUGAUCGGCAUGAACCGGAUGACUCCACCGAUUAAGGAUUUGCUGCCUCGCUUGACCCCUAUCCUCAAAAACAGACACGAGAAGGUGCAGGAAAACGUGAUCGACCUGAUCGGGCGCAUCGCGGACCGCGGCGCCGAGCUCGCGCCACCAAGGGAGUGGAACCGCAUCUGCUUUGACAUUCUGGAGCUCCUGCGCGCCCACAAGAAGGCGAUCCGACGUGCCAGUGUGAACACCUUCGGCUACAUUGCGAAGGCCAUCGGUCCCCACGACGUCUUGUCCACACUGCUGAACAACCUGAAAGUCCAAGAACGUCAGCUGCGUGUCUGCACGUGUGUGGCAAUCGGCAUCAUCUUAAGGCUUACUACAGUAAUGCAUCUUAAGAAGGAGCAUCGGCGGCCCCUUUUGAAAUAAGGGGGAAGUGCGUCAAAGAUGCUUUUCAAGAUGAUGAUGAAUAUAGAUCAGCUCUAAUUAUCGCGGAAACUUGUAGCCCGUUCACGGUGCUCCCGGCAAUGAUGAACGAGUACAAGACGCCGGACCUUAACGUCCAACACGGGAUUCUCAAAGGUAUGGCCUUCAUGUUCCAGUACAUUGGCGAGAUGGCGAAGGACUAUGUCUACAGCAUAGCGCCACUUCUAGAAGACUCCUUGCAGGAUCGGGACGCAGUGCACCGACAACAAGCCAUCGUCUGCACCUAUCAUCUCUCUCUAGGUACUACUUCGAUGUUGUGAUUUUUGUAUAUCUCUAACUACAACUACUUUUGUUUGCUACUCUUUGUCUUGUGAUAGUAGUCUCGCUCAAGAAAAAGGUCAUAAGCAUCAUCUCAUGCUAUUUCAAAAUGAAGAAAACCAAUUCUUAUGAUAUAUAUAGUUCUACGCAGCAAUCCCUACAAGCAGUUUUUCAUGCUGUUGUACCUCUUACUUAUGUCUAAUGAGUAACUGAACAACAAGAACAGCUACAAAACACACUCAUUCACUUUUCCAUUUCAAACCAGGUGUUCAAGGGCAGGGGUGCGAGGAUGUUGUGCAGCACUUGAUGAAUUAUGUGUGGCCGAACCUGUUUGAGAAUACGCCACACUUGAUUCAGGGUUGCUUCAACUGCAUAGACGGUUUCCGGAUAGCUCUGGGUCCGACCAAAGUGCUCCAGUAUUUGCUCCAGGGUCUCUUCCACCCUGCACGAAGAGUGCGAGAAAUCUAUUGGAAAUUGUACAAUAACCUCUAUAUCGGCGCACAAGAAGCGCUGAUACCAACCUUCCCCAAGCUGCGAGAAAAAGAUUUCCACAGACCAGAACUCGAAAUGCUCUUGUAAUUAUGCUGGUGCAAGUGGGAGACGAACAACUUCAACUUCUUUUUACUUAAUGGCAGCACCGAGUUACUGGGUGGAGGAUGAGGUGAAGCGCUUCUUCUUUGGGCGUUGGUGAUCAAGCUGAACUUCUUGCCCCGGUCGAGGUUGUUCAAUUUAGUUGUGCCGCUGUUGUGAAGAUGUCGCGACUAAAUAAGCGAUAUGAUGCUAGAAGUACAACUUGCAGUAGUUGUUGUAUUUUGAAGACUCGGAAGGAAACAACAUGGCAUCUAGGAAAUUAUCUUCAAAACUUUCCGAACAAUAUGCUGACAUUGGGCGCUCUUGGGAGUAUCCUGGCGUCUGUGUAUCGGUAUUGCGGUGCGCUGUGGGAAUUUAGUGAGACGUAGUAGUACUUGCUUCCUCCGCGCGGCCGCACCAAAUGGCACCACUGGUACAUAUGAGGAAAACCCGCUCAGAAACACAUGAAGAUCAUGUCCCUUUACCACGACCUUGAAAGAUUUCUACCCCAUGAAACAAAAAUGCACGGAAUUCUCGUUUUUGCGCUUCUCUUUUUUCUUCAUACUAUCUAGUUGUACUAAUUUACUAUCAGUAUCACUAUUAUAGUCACCUAUCAUCUCGUUUUAAAGGAUAUGGCUCCUUACGUGUCAGAAAAAUAAAGAACCCAAAAAGUGUGGCAAUGCUAGUGACACACCCUCAGCACAGGACGACGCAUAAAAAUGAUCGACAAGCAUCCUCUCAAAUACUUUCUAGCUACAUCUUCAUUAAGUACUUGGCGGACUUUAUUAAAGAACUUUUUGUUUUUUCGUGCUCAUACUACCUCGUAAGCACGACCUCUCGUGGAGACGACUGUCUACCGGGGGUUCGUGCCUGUCUAGGAC